UCCGCUGCUUGAUAGAUGUAUUUUAAUUAAAGCAGCGCUAAAUAUUACAAUCAAGCUUCAACCGUUUUACGGAGAGCAGGGAAAUAAGACUGAGUACCGGAAAAAAAAACAAAAAAAGCAAAAAACGAAGACAACAGAAACAUAAAGGCAAAAUGGUGAGGCUAACAGCAGAACAGAAGAAGUUUUACAACGACAAUGGGUACAUUGUGGUGAAGAACGUGAUUUCCGAGAAGGAGUUGAGUCGGUUGUCAGAGGAAUACGACAAGUUGUUCGCGAGGAAGAACCAGGAGAAGAUGGAGAGCUCCUGGGUGGGGAGUGACGAGAAUGACAGGAAGAGUGACAGCACACACACUGUAAAGGGCAUCCACAACCUUCAAUACCACCACGCGGUGUUCGGCAAGGUGCUGUACAACGACGCGUUGUUGGAUGCAGUGCAAGACGUGAUGGGCACUGAGAACAUCGUCCUACACCACACCAAGGCACACCUCAAACCGCCGGAGAAGGGCGCUGCAUAUCCUAUGCAUCAGGAUUACCACUACUUCCCCUACGAGAAAGACUCCAUGGUAGCAGCGUUCAUCCACUUGGACGCGGCAUCUCCUGAGAACGGCGGCCUCUUCGUGUUCCCUGGCUCACACAAGUUGGGACCAUUGGAAGAUGUUGGCGCUAAAGAGGGCAACUUCCAUUAUGUUGAUCAGAAAAAGUAUCCCCUGGAGAAGGCAACCCCGGUCAUCGCAGACAGAGGUGAUGUGGUCAUAUUCUCGUACUUGCUCGUGCACGGAAGCUCGCCGAACUGCUCGACGCGCACGCGCCGCAUGUUCCUAGUUCAGCUGGCGGCGGCUGAAGACAAUCCUUUGGGCGUACAGCAGAUGAGACCGGCGCAGGGGCUGCUACUGCGCGGUGUAAACCUCCAGAGAGACGCGACCAUCUCCAAGCGGUUCGAAGGAGUCAUUCAAAAUUAGAUUUAAGUAAAUAAA